AUGAACUAUGCUUACCCUGCAGGACUUAGAGGAGCUCCCGGAGGGCUGAAAUUAACCAUUAGAGUUGCCGUGUCGGGUUUGAGGUCUAGAGGUGACUGCGGACCCAUUGAACCCAGUGACAUAUUAUUGUCCAAUCUUAAACCUGAGUUGGAUGAAGAUGUAUUACCCUUUCAAAACCCUGAAUUGCAAGACAUUUCCUAUAAUACUCCAAAUCAACAAUUAAAUAUUGAAAAUAUAACUUCUGAGGAGUUAAAUCUUCAACCAUAUUUUACUGGGACAUCAACAAUAAACUCAACAUAUUUAAAUUUAGCACUGCAACCCAAAUCUGCAUCAUACUGCAAGACUUUAAAUUGGAAUGUUCAAACAGUGUUAGAACUAUUACAUUCAACAAACGACGGCCGAUACAUCUUAGCCGAUUCAGAAAAUAAUAAUGGUAGUUUGUCAGAUGACGCACAAAACAUCCUUACCAAGCUUUUAAUUAAUAAUUUAUUUCAGGAUAAAUGCAAGGGUUCUGACUUAUAUUUCCGAAAGAUUUCCAAACUUAUUGUUGAAGUAUUUCCUCAGGAAAAAGAAAGAGUUUAUUUUAUUCCUUCAAAAUCUGAAGGAACACACCAAUGUCAUGCCAAAGGGAAGCUCAUUGAAAGAUGGAAAAAUGUAGCAAGAAGGCUUAGAAGUGUAGGUGCAAUAGAACUUGGCAGAAAAAAAACUACUUCUAAUUCUAUUGAACCGGCUGCAGUAUUUUCUGAUGAUUUAAAAGCUGCUAAACUGUGGCUUCAGGAAGAAGGUUUAUCUGCUAAUUUUGAUAGUGUUAAAGAUAAAUGGAGAUUAACAUACAAUAUAAGAAAGUCAGAAAUAUUGAAUGCAGAUUCUAAAGCAACAGUGUAUGACGUUUUUCUCAAUUGGCCCAUUCUAAAAAGUCCAAGAGGCUAUGAAUUAGUUUCUGAAGAUUUUAAUAUUUUGUAUCCAACUCAACAAGAAUUAUUUCCUGAUUGGAGUUCAUUUUUAAAUAAGUGGAUCUUUAUAUCAGAUAGAUUAGUCAGUGUGAGGAAAAAUUCGGUCAAAGAUAAGGUUGCAAAAGAUCUUCUGAAACAACUAGAUCAUGUUCAACAAUCUGGGAAUAUUGGUGUUGCAAACAUUUUAAAAUGUCAACUAAUACCAUAUUUACUACCUACAAAAACAAUUAUUAGAUCUACUGAUCUUAAAAGUGCGAAAAAAAAUUGGAAACCUUCAUGUGGAGAGUCUGCUGCUGCUUUCAUUGUACAUAUUGCUAACAUAACUCAACUGGAGUCAGAGAUUCAACAAAGAAGAGUCAAAUAUAUUCAAUAUGGUGCCCACGUACAACCAUACAUUAUAAUUUCUGGUAAAGAUAUUUUUUCUAUUGAUCAGUGCUAUGUUCGUGUAGACAAUCAUUUAUGGUAUUUUAAUUGCCCUUUGAAAGCAAUUGAUUUAUGUUUUAAGUCGUAUUUUUCUUUUAACUGCGCCUAUCCACGUGAAUGCCAUGAAUCGUGGAUGUUUCUACAACUACACCUGUAUGGUUUGAGUACGGAUCAUGAUUUAAUGACUGCUGUUUUGUCAUCUAUAAAUGACAAGUUUACUUAA